UUCACGUUCUCUCUCUCCCCCACUCUUUCUCUCUCGGUUCUCUCUCUCUUCCUCCAUGGGAGGUACUGUCCGAGGUUCCAAACAGAGGUCUUUUACUCUAUUUUUAUGGGUAAAUCAAACUUGAAGUUGAUUUUAAGAUUUGAGAUGGAUUUCAUGAGAUUUCAAGUAGGUUGAGCUCUUGGAUUGGAAGGAUUUCAUGUGGAAUUCAAGAAAGCUAGAGAUUAUUGGGCCCAAAAUUAGCUGAUUGUCAAUAUCUUAUUGCAGUCUUUUGAUGCUGGAAAAAGUGUUUUAACACUGAUGGCGGACUUGGUUGGGCCGAGGUUGUACAGUUGUUGCAAUUGCAGAAACCAUGUUGCCCUUCACGAUGAUGUCAUUUCUAAAGCUUUUCAGGGAAGGAACGGUCGAGCAUUUCUCUUCUCUCACGCAAUGAACAUCACGGUGGGGCCAAAAGAGGACAGGCAGCUCAUGACUGGUCUCCACACAGUUGCUGAUGUCUACUGCUGCGACUGCUGUGUAGUGCUCGGUUGGAAGUAUGAAAGAGCCUACGAAGAAACUCAGAAGUACAAGGAAGGGAAGUUCAUACUCGAGAAAUCCAAAAUUGUCAAGGAAAACUGGUAGCACUAGUAACGAGGGAGGUUUCUGGUUCAUCCUUCGAGUUAUCGGUGCAAGUGUAAAGGUUGCUUCUACGUGUUCAUACUGUCCGCGGAAAAUCCACGUCAAUUGGAAAUAUUGAAAAGCUAUUGUUCCUCAUGUGCAUUGUUCUUACGUAUAUUGUGUGCAUGUUGUAUUUGGGAUGAUUUGUUUUGUCAAUAAAAUGUGAAUAACUCUCAGUUCAGCUUCUUGUAUUCAUAAUUCAUUGUCCGUAUUGUUUGACCCAACGUACUUAGACUAGCUCUUUCAAUAGCUUCAAAGGUUUUGGCCAACUUG